AUGCAUGCGGCACAGGAUCCUUCCAUGGUGACGGAGGUUGUCGCCCACGGCGUCCAAUGUCUUCUUCUCGCCAUGGAGCGUGACUCACUGGAGGCCGUGCAGCACUGCGCAGAGACGGUGGUGCAGGCGGUGGUUCACGCGUACCACACGCAUCGACGCAAUUCCAUUGUCCACGCCAGUCAGUGGAUGGAUUUGCUGCGCUUGCUGAUCCCCACAACAUUGCAUUCCGUGUUUCUCUUUUUGCAACGUAUUCACGCGAGUACAAAAUUUGGUACAUUUGAGCGCAGUGUUUCCACGACGCUGGCAAAUUUAGUGUUUUGCACAAUAACGUUACUUCGACGCGUGGGGUCGGACUUUUUGCUGCGACAGGAAAAUGAAAGGAAGAAUACUGGCGAUGCCGCUCCGUCCUUUUCCGGUAGCAAUGACGCACGUUUGCUGCAGAUGCACGCCACAAUACAAGGGGCGCUGAAUAAGGUGUUGAGCACCCACUUUCCGUUCAUUGUGUACAAUGCGGAGCAUCAACUGUGGCAGUUGGAGGGGGCGGCGCCUUCAGUGAACACUGUGGAGCUCUCAGAGCUGCACGCGGUUCCCCACACCACACAUUUUUUAUUGCCCCUAGAUGCUUGGAUUUGGCUGCUUGCGGAGGCGACAACGAGUGGUGUGGCGGCGGCAUCGCCUACUUUCUCUUCGAACGACGCCACACCGAUGCAGUCGUGGGUGACGCAGGCGCUUCUUGAAAUGAACCCACACAAUGUUUCUGACGCUUUAUUUCCCCGAAAAUUUAUGGAUGUCAUUAUUUCCAUUUAUUCUUUUUUACUGAAACGAUGGAUGAACUGCCUUCCCGGGCUUGCUGAGGCUCUGCAGCGCUGGAGCAAAAUGGAUGCGGUACCGUUCUUUGAAUUAACCAUUCCAUUUUCAAUCAGACAUUGGCAGCAGAGCAACAGGAAGGAUUUGUCAAUACCAGCGGAGAUUUGUGUUGUUCUUCACGAUCUUAUACGACAAAUUCCUGUUGUCUUUAUCGGGGCACAGUUGCUUGUAAAACUGCAGCGUGUUCUCUCGCAGCUGGGUGUCGUGCGCCUAUUUUUUGCUGUACAACGUCCAUUUGGAGCAUUCAACGUUGCGGAUAGUUUAUCCAUAGAGUUGUCACGAUUAGUAGAGGCGGCGUCAGGGCAUAUAUUUCUUCAUUUGGAUCGUACGCGAUGUACGCUUUUGCCUUACGAGUCGAGUUUGCCACAUCUUCAGCUGACGUUUCUUGAUUUGGCUUCGUAUACGUUUGAACGACAGUUAGCUGAAGACACGGCUGCUCUCGCCUUACUGCGGCCUCCUCCAGUCUGUGCGGCGUUAAGCUUUGCGUCCAUGGUGCGAUGCUUUGGAUUUGUUUCUGGAGAUGGAGUGGAUGCUAGAGAUGCUUCUGUAGACAUUCAAGGGGAUGAUGCUGUUGAUUCUACUGCCGCUGCUGCUUUGGCUGCAUGUAGGAGUGCAUCACAUGCACAAUCCAUUGUUCUGGCUCUUGAGGAAGUUUUCUUUUGUCUUUGCGCGUUUGGCUGCCUGUUGGAUGAGACCCCAUCGUUGUAUCAUUUUUUUGCUUCCGUUCUACGGGCGCUGCGCGGGGAAUUUGAGGUAAGUCAGAUGCCUGCAUCUUUUCCUUCUUUUUCGGUAGCUGGUUUCCCGCUGGAAAGCGGAGGACAUGGGUUCUUCUCUGUACUCAACGAGGAGUCCGUAAAGGCGGUGGAGUACAUUAUUUCACUGUAUAUAGCGAGGGUGCGGCAAAAACCAGCGAAGACUCCUGACGGUGACACGUUGCCUGAACAUCGUCGCUACUGGCUUCUGGCAGUAUCGCAUUUGCGUAUGGCAGAUCUUGUGGCCGAAGUACAAAUGGCGUUUGGUGUUGUGCCAGGUUUCUCCACUGAAUACAACAAUGCACUUUGUUGCUGUGGUCCAUCCGAGAGUGCGGGGUGGCUUCACCUCGACGAGUCCAGUUCCUUGUACGAGGAGGAUGACUCAUUUCUGUGGCAUUUCCUUUCAAAACAACGUGAUUUGAAACAAUCUUCUUAUCGAAUGUCUAAUUUUUUAUUCACAACUCGCGAUCGGCUUGUGGCAACUUCUAUGCGAUUUCUCUUCUUGGCCCUGCGCGAGGCGACCCUACUUGAAAAGGGGAUAGAACGCACUAAGAAAAAUCAUCGUGGAGGUCGCCGUGUUUCUUCUCCCGCUGCUGCCGCUGCUGAGGCCCCCUCACCAUCGUUGAGUGGAGAGAUGUCGCAAGCAUUUCUGUACACAACAGCAUUUACCCGCUUUCUUUUAAUGAUGGAAUACAUCCCCGCCGCGAGGUUAGUGGGAUUCUCAGAGAAGUGUUGUCGAUAUAUUUCCGAGUUGAGGCCCGCAGAUAAAAGGAGAACGGGUGCGCAUGGUAUGGUGACAGAGAUGGAUCUGCUUGCUGCACAGAGCUACGAUCUCUCACUGUCUCUCUUUACAGCGUGA